AUGCUUGCUUCAAGAACUAUGCUUGCCUCUAGGCCUAUUCUCGGCGCUUGCCAGAGGAGAGCUUUCUCAGCAACAGUCAGACAAGCAUCCAAAGUCACCGUUCUAGGUGGUGCGGGGGGUAUUGGACAGCCACUAUCCUUGCUGAUGAAGCUGAACCCUCGGGUCACCGAGCUUGCCCUAUACGAUAUCAAAGGCGGACCUGGUGUCGCCGCUGAUAUUGGCCACAUCAACACCAAGAGCGUUGUUACCGGCUACCAACCCGAUGCCGAUGGCUUGAAACAAGCUCUCACUGGUGCAGAAAUCGUCCUAAUUCCCGCCGGCGUACCAAGAAAGCCAGGCAUGACCCGCGAUGACCUCUUCAACACUAACGCCUCCAUCGUCCGGGAUCUGGCCAAAGCCGUCGCAGACGCCGCCCCAGAUGCCAACGUUCUGGUCAUCGCCAACCCUGUCAACAGCACUGUCCCCAUCUGCGCCGAGAUAUUCAAGGCAAAAGGCACAUACAACCCCAAACGUCUCUUCGGCGUUACAACCCUGGAUGUCGUCCGCGCGAGCCGUUUCAUCUCGCAACACAAGAGCACGGAUCCCGCUGAUGAGAACAUCACGGUUGUGGGAGGGCACUCAGGUGCCACGAUCGUGCCACUCUUGAGCCAAUCGGGAUACAGUCUUGAGGGCAAGGAUUUGGAUGACUUCGUCUUCCGUGUGCAAUUUGGCGGUGAUGAGGUUGUGAAGGCAAAGGACGGUGCUGGAUCAGCUACGCUCUCGAUGGCCAUGGCUGGUGCUCGCUUCGCCGAGAGUUUGCUCAAGGCUGCUCAGGGACAGAAGGGCGUUGUGGAGCCCACGUUUGUUGACAGCCCGCUAUAUAAGGACCAAGGCAUCGACUUCUUCGCCUCGAAGGUGGAGCUAGGACCAAAUGGGGUAGAAAAGAUCCAUGAUGUGGGUAAGAUCACACCCAAGGAACAGGAACUAUUGGAUGUUGCCCUGAAAGAUCUAAAGAAAAAUAUUGUGAAAGGUGUCGAGUUUGUCAAGUCGAACCCAUAG